AUGCAGCUCCACAGACUUUGCAAACCAAAGGACAGACAAAAUAUUGUUAAAACAGUUCCACAGGAAGUGCUUUAUCUUACCUUUGAUUUUUUGGCCCCAACUCCUCUUUUUGACAAUUUUCAAAAGGAAACUUUGGCUAUGCUCAGGUAUACCAGCAGUUAUCAUGGGCCGUCCAGUGCUUCUCGUUGUUCUGCACGAACUCGUUCCACCUUUUUGUCUGCUCCGUUCAACGCUCAUCAUUGGACUCCACAAGCGACUUCCAACGUGCCUCGUUCUGCUCUGUGUAGGUCGUCCAACGGGCAUCAUUGUGCUCUAUUUAUGACUCGAGCCGCACAUUGUGGGACGACACCUCGGAGUGGAUUGCUCGCAGCUGCUCGUCAUUCCGAGCCCGGUACUCAGAAAACCACACGGGAGCCCGCUGGGAAGAUGCACUCGACUGCUCAUCCAUUGCCGAAGGAGGCUGAUAAGUGUCGUGCUCGGGUUGUGCGUUGGCUUCUAAGUCCUCUCCGUCUACAUCAUGAGAGGCCUCUGGAGCUGGACCGAUCGAUGUACCGGCUGCCGGCUGGGAUUGGUCGUCCGAUAGGGAUAGGCCUUGUAGCUAUUCCGCUGGGUGACUGGUUUCGGAGUGGUGUCAUCUAUAAGGAAGCUGGCGUGAUAGAGGUCUUUCUGGGAAAUCCAUUUGGCAAGGAUUUUGGGUUCGUCAAUCUGAACCCCAAAGUACUCAACCAACAUUGA